UUGGAGAGGGGGAGAGGUGAGGGGAAGCGGCGGAGCCGGGCCCUUCCACAAUGACCGUGCGAUUAGGAGGGGGCGAGUGAAAGGGGCGCGAGCCUCCCGAGAGGUCGAGGUCUCGUUUGACCAUCCCGAGAGGGGCCGCCAGCCUCCGGCGGCUGGCAAACCUUCCUCCCCUCCCACCCCCCGGAUCGUCACGUCCGGGUGGGGGGGGGGAGGGAGGGCCCGGCCGGCAGAACCCGGAAGUGGGGCGGCCGGGCCUCGGCUUUAACCCGCGGCUGCGGUGUCGGCGGCGGCUCUGCCAGCCUUUUGGGAAAGAUGGAGUCACUGAAAGACCGAACGGUAGAGGAGCUCCAGAAGAUCCAGGACGAUCCAGAGGAGAUCGAACGGCUGGCUUUGGAGUCCCCUGAGGUCCAGGACUUGCAGCUGGAGCGAGAGAUGGCAUUGGCCACCAACCGGAGCCUGGCCGAGCAGAACCUGAAGUUCCAGUCGCCCCUGGAGCUCGGCCGGUCGGAUCUCUCAGACAAGUACCGAGAGCUUCAGAAGCUGGUGGAGCGGUGCCAGGAGCAGAAGGCAAAGCUGGAAAGAUUCUCGGCCUCACUCCAGCCGGGGACCCUGUUGGACCUUCUGCAGGUGGAGGGCUUGAAAAUAGAAGAGGAGUCCGAGGCUAUGGCGGAGAAGUUCCUGGAGGGUGAGGUGCCCUUGGACACUUUCCUGGAGAGCUUUUCCACCAUGAGGAAGCUGUCCCACCUCCGUCGGGUCCGAGUCGAGAAGCUCCAGGAGGUGAUGAGGAAGCCCAAGGCUUUGCCGGAAGUGGGCGGAGACGGCUCUCCCCAGCAACCUCCGUAUCCCGUGGGUCAGACGGCGCCAACCUGUUCCGCGGAAGAUCCUCCACCGCCUUCGGCGGCCCCUCCUUUCCCUCUGCCCUAUAGCCCUUCCCCCAACGCCCCCAUGGGGCCCUUGGCCCAAGGAGCUCUCCAGCCAGGAUCUUUCCCCGGCGGCUCCCAGCCCUCCUAUCCUUAUAGCGGGCCUUCCGGCCCAGGGUAUCCGCCAGCCCAGCGGGGAGGGGCUGAUAUGAGCUACUCCUGGUCCCCCCAUAAAGCCUCACCCUCCAGCCCGGGGUAUCCCCAACAGCCCCCUGCGGGCCCCCCGUCCGGCCCGGGCUACCCUUUGCCCGGUGGGGGUCCCCCCAGGCCUGGCUAUCCCCCGCCCUCCCCUUAUUUCCCGGCUGGAAGCAGACCUCCCUGUCCUUAUCCGGUCCAGUCCCAGUUUCCCAGUUUUCCAGGACAGCCCCAGCCUUCCGGGCCUCCCCGGCCCCCGUAUCCUCAGGGCCCCCCUCCUCCCUUUGGGUAUCCCCCGCCUCAGGGUCCCGUCUGGCCCGGGUAUUAGACCCAGCCCCCGGCACGCUGCUUCCGGUCGGCCUCCUUCCCCCUCCCCGAGACCGUGACCCAGUUCCUCGCCGACUCCCGAGACGUAAAGACCGUCGGUGCGGUCGACGGGUCCAGGGCGACGCGGGAGCCGGGGCAGGUGGUCCAACAUUCGGGACUCGGCCGGGACGGCCGUCGGGGGGGGUCACCGGUUGGCGGGGCGGGGCAGCCGGCCGCUGAGCACUUACGGUCCAGGUAGCAGAACGCCGGCGCUGGUGCAUCUCGACCUUCAGAUCUGGGCCAGGUUGGGAGCGAAUAGCCAGGCGUCGUUAUCCAAGUGUAUGUACAGUGGGGGUACGCGUCGAUAAGUAUGAACACCCGGAGGCCCCAGGCGUCUGAGCCCCAUCUUCCCCACGCCGAGGAUGGAGUAUUACACUGCAAGGUAGAGGCACGAACGGCCAGAAUCGUGUUCCCACAGGCCGAGGAGAAGCACCUUCGGCAUGGGUUCGGUUUCUCGGGAGCCGGCGCUCGGAAUCGGUAAACACUCGGGCGAAGGGGAGGCCGCCCGACUGCUCGAAGAAACUCCGUCUCUGCCCCGCGAGCAGAGGAGAGUGAGGCUGGGGACAACCCGGGGCAGAGCCUAAGACCCCGGCGGCUACCAGCUCCGUUGUGGAGCGUGCUCGGAGGCUGCCGCGUGCCCUCCUGCCCACACCUAGCCUAGAGCUGGGCAACGGGUCGAAGAAUUUUCACACCUCUCUCCAACCGCCAUCUUCCUCGAGGGUUAUCUUGGACCCUUCACCUCCCCCUCCCCGCCC